CCUCCAACGGCAUUUCCCUCUGUACCUCCACCUGCAUCUUCCUCUGUACCUCCACCUGCAUCUUCCUCUGUACCUCCACCUGCAUCUUCCUCUGUACCUCCACCUGCAUCUUCCCCUGUACCUCCACCUGUAUCUUCCUCUGUACCUCCACCUGCAUCUUCCUCUGUACCUCCACCUGCAUCUUCCUCUGUACCUCCACCUGCAUCUUCCCCUGUACCUUCACCUGCAUCUUCCUCUGUACCUCCACCUGCAUCUUCUUCUGUACCUCCACCUGCAUCUUCCCCUGUACCUCCACCUGCAUCUGCCUCUGUACCUCCACCUGCAUCUUCCUCUGUACCUCCACCUGCAUCUUCCCCUGUACCUUCACCUGCAUCUUCCCCUGUACCUUCACCUGCAUCUUCCUCUGUACCUCCACCUGCAUCUUCCCCUGUACCUCCACCUGCAUCUUCCCCUGUACCUUCACCUGCAUCUUCCUCUGUACCUUCACCUGCAUCUUCCUCUGUACCUCCACCUGCAUCUUCCCCUGUACCUUCACCUGCAUCUUCCCCUGUACCUUCACCUGCAUCUUCCUCUGUACCUACAACUCCAUCUUCCUCUGUACAUCUAACUGCAUCUUCCCCUGUACCUCCAACUGCAUCUUCCUCUGUACCUCCACCUGCAUCUUCCCCUGUACCUUCACCUGCAUCUUCCCCUGUACCUUCACCUGCAUCUUCCUCUGUACCUCCACCUGCAUCUUCCCCUGUACCUCCACCUGCAUCUUCCCCUGUACCUUCACCUGCAUCUUCCUCUGUACCUUCACCUGCAUCUUCCUCUGUACCUCCACCUGCAUCUUCCCCUGUACCUUCACCUGCAUCUUCCCCUGUACCUUCACCUGCAUCUUCCUCUGUACCUACAACUCCAUCUUCCUCUGUACAUCUAACUGCAUCUUCCCCUGUACCUCCAACUGCAUCUUCCUCUGUACCUCCAACUGCAUCUUCCUCUGUACCUCCAACUCCAUCUUCCACUGUACCUCAGGUUCCAUAUAAGGGACCUAGAAUUAAGAGAACUUUCUGGGACACAAUAAAUAAAUAUUGGAGAGCAAAGGGGAUGGAAGCCCGAACUGUUUGGAAACAUGUCUGAGGAUAUCAGUGCAGGAUAAUUGCAAGAACAAAUGACGUGCUGUGUGUUAUCUGCUGGGGCAACAGCCUGCAGCCUAGUGUCACUGCCCACUACUAUAAGGAAGCCAGUGUUUAACAGGGAGAUGUAAUUUAACAACAGCAGGACAGCUACAGACUAAAGAGAAAUGACAGCUGCUUAGCAUCUGUAUGUAUUUAUAUUUUAGCUCAGUACCUUCAGUUCUAGUAAAUCUUUAUUCUCCAACCUCUUAGUUCUCCCUCCCCAUAUGGCCCCCAGCUCAUUGCCCCCACCUGCCCAAUACCUGUCAUUGCAAUGACGCACUGUGUGUUUAUACAGAUCUCCUCUCAUUUAUUCACACGGGUAAUAUAUUCCAAUAACAAUGUUACACUAUAAACCCUUCCCCUCAUUACUGGCCCUCUGCUUCUGCAUUUCACUCGAAGGCACAGCAUCAUAAACAAUCACAUCUUUGUUGUGUGAACAAAAAAUGGAAUGGAAUUUUAGGGGUACUACUUUGCCCUGAACCUGAUGAGGUUCUUUAAGGAUAGGCCCCUGGGUUUCUCUAUAGUGACAAAUGGGAGCGAGACAUGAGCAAGUGAAUGUUCCCUGCAGGCACUAUGUAGUGAGAGAUACGGAGGCCCCCAAGGGAUGUGAGACAAUCGCUCUGAUUCCGUAACUCACAGAUAACAAUCCCACAAAACAAGACUGCCGGAAAUGAACUCUCAAAUAACUUGCCGCCACCAGUUCAGAUAGAGAGUUUCGGAGAAAGAAAUCAUUGCUGCUGCUGUUGGUGCCACAGUCAAUAUACAUCUACAUUUAUAUCAGUGUCCAUCCCACACCAUUCUCAGUGAUCUCCCUAGGGGCUGCACCAGGCUGUUACUGAGAAUUGAUCCUGAAAAAUAUAUUUUAUUUGUAAUGUGGCUGGGUCAGCCUUCCCUUCAACCCUCAUCCUCAUCUCCAUGCUGUUCUGUUGGAGUCCUGAGGGAAAAAGACUGGACACUGGAUAAGGAUUUGCCUCCUGGCAGUUAAUUGGAUAUAUUGAUGCUGUAACCAGGACUUCAUUAUUCAAUAAAGUACCAUUGAGCAAAAAUCAGAUUUAGAAAUGAAUUGUCAGCAAUGAUGUAGUAAUUGCAACCAUUUUCUUGUUUCUCCUGUCUCUUCCUACAGUGACCCCUCACAAUGAGUUUCUCCUGUCGCUUUCUAUGGAGACUUCUCAUGAUGAUUUUCUCCUGUCUCUUCCUAUAGUGACUCCUCACAAUGAGUUUCUCCUGUCUCUUUUUAUGGAGACUCCUCAUGAUGACUUAAUUAUUCAAUAAAAUACCAUUGAGCAAAAAUCAGAUUUAGAAAUGAAUUGUCAGCAAUGAUGUAGUAAUUGCAACCAUUUUCUUGUUUCUCCUGUCUCUUCCUACAGUGACCC